AUGGACACUGUCGACAAUUCAGCCUUUGACCCUACCGUCUCUCGGUGGGCCCCGCGUCGCGAACAUACCUAUGCCAACGGCCCCACGCCCACGUCCAGGACAAACGGCCACACUCGUCAAAAGAGCCUCAGCGAGGCCUUCCGGACCAUUCGAACCCGCGGCGGCAGCGUGAGCCAAAAUGUACACGAAAUCACCGAUGCGCUCAAGGCGCCAGUAUCGCCUGUCCUCGUUGUUCUGUGUAUACUCUGGUAUACCUCGUCAGUCCUGACCAACACCUCGUCCAAGUCCAUCCUCAUGACCCUCGACAAGCCCGCGACCCUCACCAUUGUCCAAUUCGCCUUCGUCUCCUUCUUCUGCCUCGUCUGCUCAGCAGUCGCCUCGGCCUUUCCCCACCUGCGCGCCACCGUCCCCGCCCUCAAGAACCCGAUCCGGCCCCCGACGCGGGACAUACUCAAGACGACGCUGCCCCUCGCCCUGUUCCAGAUCGGCGGCCACCUGCUCAGCUCCAACGCGACCCUGCUCAUCCCCGUGUCCCUCGUCCACACCAUCAAGGGCCUCUCCCCGCUCUUCACCGUGCUCGCCUACCGCUUCAUCUACGACAUACGCUACCCCGUCGCGACCUACAUCUCCCUCGUGCCCCUCACCCUCGGCGUCAUGCUCGCCUGCUCCGGCAAGCACGCCUUUGGCGGCGAGCUCCUCGGCGUCCUCUACGCCCUCGCCGCCGCCCUCAUCUUCGUCACCCAAAACAUCGUGUCCAAGCGCCUGUUCAACGAGGCCGCCAAGGCCGAGAUGCAGGGGCUCGGCGCCAAGUCCCGCAAGCUCGAUAAGCUGAACCUCCUCUGCUACUCGGCCGGCCUGGCCUUUAUCCUCACGGCCCCCAUCUGGUUCUGGUCCGAGGGCAUCGAGAUGCUGCGCGACUUCUUGCACGACGGGUCCAUUGAUUUGAACGAGAGGCCGCAGAGCCUCGACCACGGCCGCCUGGUUCUCGAGUUCAUCUUCAACGGCACGUUCCACUUUGGCCAAAACAUCAUCGCCUUCCAGCUGCUGUCCAUGGUCUCCCCGUCACCUACUCCCCCAACCACCUGGGUCCAGGGCGCCGGCAUCGCCCUCACCUUCCUCGGCUUGUACAUGUACGACCGCGCCAGCGCCAGCAACAAGGCCGACAACAAGGUCCGCUCCAUGGCUGAUUCGCCCAAGAACGCCCCGAUUCUUCCUCGCCGAUCGGAAGACGGUCUCGCCGUUGAACGGCGGACCUCUUCCCUCCUACUAUGGCAACGGCAACGCCGCGAGCCAUGGCUACACCAACGGCGGUACGGGCACCGAGUACUCGAAGAAAUCUGA